UCAGGAACGCAGGCCUUGUGGUAAGGGUUAGGGUUAGAAGGGGAACAUCGGUACAGGGAUGUUAGGCCUACCUCUGGCUGUCAGGAACGCAGGCCUUGUGGUAAGGGUUAGGGUUAGAAGGGAAGCAUCGGUACAGGGCUGUUAGGCCUACCUCUGGCUGUCAGGAACGCAGGCCUUGUGGUAAGGGUUAGAAGGGAAACAUCGGUACAGGGCUGUUAGGCCUACCUCUGGCUGUCUGGAACGCAGGCCUUGUGGUAAGGGUUAGAAGGGGAACCAUCGGAACAGGGCUGCUAGGCCUACCUCUGGCUGUCAGGAACGCAGGCCUUGUGGUAAGGGUUAGGGUUAGAAGGGGAACAUCGGUACAGGGAUGUUAGGCCUACCUCUGGCUGUCAGGAACGCAGGCCUUGUGGUAAGGGUUAGGGUUAGAAGGGAAACAUUGGUACAGGGCUGCUAGGCCUACCUCUGGCUGUCAGGAACGCAGGCCUUGUGGUAAGGGUUAGGGUUAGAAGGGAAACAUUGGUACAGGGCUGUUAGGCCUACCUCUGGCUGUCAGGAACGCAGGCCUUGUGGUAAGGGUUAGAAGGGAAGCAUCGGUACAGGGCUGCUAGGCCUACCUCUGGCUGUCAGGAACGCAGGCCUUGUGGUAAGGGUUAGGGUUAGAAGGGGAACAUCGGUACAGGGAUGUUAGGCCUACCUCUGGCUGUCAGGAACGCAGGCCUUGUGGUAAGGGUUAGAAGGGAAGCAUCGGUACAGGGCUGCUAGGCCUACCUCUGGCUGUCAGGAACGCAGGCCUUGUGGUAAGGGUUAGAAGGGGAACAUCGGUACAGGGCUGCUAGGCCUACCUCUGGCUGUCAGGAACGCAGGCCUUGUGGUAAGGGUUAGAAGGGAAGCAUCGGUACAGGGCUGUUAGGCCUACCUCUGGCUGUCAGGAACGCAGGCCUUGUGGUAAGGGUUAGAAGGGAAGCAUCGGUACAGGGCUGCUAGGCCUACCUCUGGCUGUCAGGAACGCAGGCCUUGUGGUAAGGGUUAGAAGGGGAACAUCGGUACAGGGCUGAUAGGCCUACCUCCGGCUGUCAGGAACGCAGGCCUUGUGGUAAGGGUUAGGGUUAGAAGGGGAACAUCGGUACAGGGAUGUUAGGCCUACCUCUGGCUGUCAGGAACGCAGGCCUUGUGGUAAGGGUUAGAAGGGGAACCAUCGGUACAGGGCUGCUAGGCCUACCUCUGGCUGUCAGGAACGCAGGCCUUGUGUUAGGACCUCUGAGUCUGUUUGCCAUGGGGAUAAUAGCAGUCCACUGUAUGAACCUGCUUGUAAUGUGUUCCCACCACCUCAGUGUAAAGUUGAACAAACCCUUUCUGGACUAUGGUGAUGCUGUGCAGUAUGGUAUGGAGAAUGUCUCGUGGCUGAGAAGGUACUCAAUAUGGGGGAGGCGGAUAGUUAAUGUGUUUCUGAUCACCACACAGCUGGGUUUCUGCUGUGUCUACUUCGUCUUCCUCAGCGACAACAUCAAACAGGUGGUGGAAGCUUCUAACGGGACAACCAUGAACUGCCAGAACAACCAGACGGCUGUGACCGUCCCCAGCUUUGACUCCCGUCUCUACAUGUUGUGUUUCCUGCCAGCCGUUAUACUCCUGGUGUUCACCCGCAACCUGAAGUACCUGGCACCCCUCUCUCUGGCAGCCAACCUGGCCAUGUGUGCUAGUCUGGUCCUCAUCUACUUCUUCUGCUUCACGAAUAUCCCAAAUCGUAUCAGCCUGCCGAUGGUGGGUCAUGCCAAAGACUACCCUCUCUUCUUUGGAACGGCCAUCUUUGCUUUCGAGGGGAUAGGAGUGGUCCUGCCCCUGGAGAACAAGAUGCAGAAGCCUCAGAGUUUCAAUAUGGUUCUAUAUCUGGGAAUGGGCAUCGUCACCUUCCUCUAUAUCAGCUUGGGGACCAUAGGGUACAUCACCUUUGGAGAGGCCAUAGGGGGAAGUGUCACCCUUAACUUACCCAACUGCUGGAUGUAUCAGAUUGUAAAACUGCUCUACUGUUUCGGUAUCUACAUCACCUUUGCCCUUCAGUUCUACGUGCCAGCUGAGAUCAUGAUUCCUCCAGCGGUGUCCCGCGUCUCAGAGAGAUGGAAACUCCCGGUUGAUCUUCUGAUCCGAACUGCGCUCGUCUUUUUUACCUGUGUCCUGGCCAUAUUGAUCCCCCAGCUGGACCUGGUCAUCUCUUUAGUGGGGUCCGUCAGCAGCAGUUUCCUGGCUCUCAUCUUCCCUCCACUCCUCCAGAUCCUCACCUACCACAACGAAGGUCUGUCUCCCUGGGUCAUCGUCAAGAACACCCUGAUCUCUGUCAUCGGCUUCAUCGGCUUCAUCACCGGCACCUAUAUAUCCAUCACAGAGAUCAUCAAACGCAACGGCAGACAUGACAAUCUGGAUGUGACCUUCUUCCAGGUCCAGUGAGAGAUCUAGUGAGGAAGAGGAGGAUAUCUUGACAGUGGUUGGUCUGGCAAACAGUGGAGGCUGGUGGGUGGAGAAAUCUGAGGACAGGUUCAUUCUAGAAUGGAUGGUACCUUCCUUCGAUUUAAGGUGACACCAGUCUCCACUGCUGUCAAACAAUCAAACCCAGAAGUCCUCACCCUGGCUUCAGACAUGUUUUGUUUUUCUCACUUGCUCCAUUGAUUACACAUUUAUUGAUAUUGUGGGUCUGCUUAUUGUUGUGGUUAUUGGUCGCUGUGGAACAAUUAAUGGAAUAUAAGUGUAAAUCAACUAUUUUCUACAGUAGCUGUAUAGCCAAGUAGAGAACAUAUUCUUCUGACACGAGCAUCAUUCUCUCUGUGCCUCAUGAGCUUCGAUGUUUUUAACUUCUUCAUUUUAUGACAUACUUUUAUAUUUUAAACUAUGCUAUGCCGCAAGCGUACCUUCUAUCUUAUAUGUUUUAUUAUUUUUAUGUUGAAUAAUUUAACCAAAUCAUUGAAUAUUGAGCAAUCACAUUCUCGUAACAUUUCUUGUUAAAACAUCCUGGGAGUGGUUUAAAGUUGUUUAAGUGAUCAAAUUAAGAAAUAAGGCACUUGUGUGCUGGUUACCAAUGUAAUUAGAGCAGUAAAAAUACAUUUUUGUCAUACCCGUGGUAUACGGUCUGAUAUACCACGGCUUUCAGCCAGUCAGCAUUCGGCGCUCGAACCACCGAGUUAACUGUUAUUUAAAUGAUAUUAUUAAGUGCCAUUUUUGAAUGAUAUCUUCAUUCUAUAGGCCUUUACAAAAGAGGAAGAUGUGUGUUUUAACCACAGUGUGACUAGACUAUUUCCAAUAGAAUGGUAAAUGACUGACCGUGUUUAAUAAGACUCAGAACACAACAACCUGUAGUCUGAUGAUCACCGUCGUCAUUACUGCUGUACAUGUAGCUAUGACAAUGACCGUUGAAUACCGUUUACUGAUUGACUACAUUUAGAGACAAGAUUUAUUAGUUGAAAGUUCACUUUUUUUUGUUUUUAAAAGGUAAAGCUUCAUUUACAUUUUUAAGGCAAGCUGACUAGAUCACCUACUGUAAUAUUGAUGAACUUGAGGGACUGUAAAGAGAAAAUACAAAAUAAUGUGUAUUAUUGUAGAGCUAAUACCAUUUUGUUAUUUCUCAGUUGAUGUUAUUUAUGUUGGCAUUUUCAUUUCUUACAUUUGUCUCAAGUUGGACACUGGAUUUAUUCAUCUUACUAUUUUUCCAGAUAUCACAAAUAUUUCAUUUGUUUUAUCACUUGUCUCGGUUGUACCAACGGUUUGAGUUUUUAGACUGAGUGGUUCCAGAUUAGACUGGGUUGGGCUGAGUGGGCCCAGAUUAAACUGGGUUGGGCUGAGUGGGCCCAGAUUAAACUGGGUUGGGCUGAGUGGGCCCAGAUUAAACUGGGUUGGGCUGAGUGGGCCCAGAUUACAGUGGGUUGGACUGAGUGGGCCCAGAUUAGACUGGGUUGGACUGAGUGGGCCCAGAUUACAGUGGGUUGGAUAUCAUUGUGAUGUCACAUGGCAUUGGGAGAACUUAACUGAUAGUUGCUCUCUUCGACUAGCCUUGAGUAAUGGCAGGUUUGAACUAUUGUUGAGUUUGCACUUUAUUGUUGCUGAAAUAUAGUAUUCUGAAUUUCCCAUGAGAAAAUACUGCUGAACAUUUUGUAAGGGGUCUUUUUUCGUGAUCUUGAACAUGUAAAAAUAAAAAAAUGUUUUUAUUUCAGUACAGUCUAAAUGGGGAAAAAGUUAACAAUUCUGGAAGUUAUACUAGCUUUGAAUAAUGGCAGGUUUGAACUAUUGUUGAGUUGGCACUUUAUUGUAAAUCAAAUAUAGUAUUCUGAAUUUCCCGUGAGAAAUACUGUUGAACAUUUAAUAAUGGGUCUUUUUGUCGUGAUCAUGAACGUGUCAUUUAUUUUUUUAAUCAUUUUUUAAAUUUCAUUACAGCCUAAAUGAAAGAAGUUCUCACUUCUGGAAAUUAUACGUAUGCAUUUUUGUUGCUUGUUGUGGUGUUGACGGGAAUUCUGAUGUUUACAUAAAAAUUGUACUCAUCAUACAGUUACGUCCCAAAUGGCAGCCUAUUCCCUUCUUAGUGCACUACUGUUGAGCAGAGUCCUAUGGGCCCUUGUCAAAUGUAGUGCACUAUAAUAGGGAAUAGGGUGGCAUUUGGGAUGUAGUAAGUCUCGUUCACUAGUCUGAUGUCUCUCUAGAAAUUAAUUACAAGGGGAUGACUUGGAGGUUACCCAUCAUAUAGAACUCACUUAAAGAUCCUCUCCGGUACUUUUGCGUACUUGUUAGCCAGUAGUUCUGGACAAAAGUAGGCCCCUGAAAGUGGUGUACUACGGCGUAUGUCCACCACAUCAUUGCUCUCGCUCCCUCACUCUACUGUGUGUGUCUUGAUAGCUGUCACUCAAAUGGCGAGGGGCUGAAACUCUCUAAUUGCUAGGGGGCUGGCCCACGUGGAGGUAAAUGUAGGGAAAAUGGCGCUGCAUAGGUUCCAGAAAACAGUCGCUUUCAAGCUAGGGAUUUUAUUUUUAAUAGAGAUAAAACAGUAAUUCUGCUCAUAGAUGAUGCAUGUAUGAACUACACAUUGACACAUCCAGCCCAAGUGGGAGUAGAAAAAAAAUAAAGUACUAUUCGCCAAAAUACCGGAGCAUGUCAGUUGUUGGAGCGGCAGGUAGCCUAGUGUUUAGAGUGUUGGGCGGCAGGAAGCCUAGUGUUUAGAGUGUUGGGCGGCAGGAAGCCUAGUGUUUAGAGUGUUGGGCGGCAGGUAGCCUAGUGGUUAGAGUGUUGGGUGGCAGGUAGCCUAGUGUUUAGAGUGUUGGGCGGCAGGAAGCCUAGUGUUUAGAGUGUUGGGCGGCAGGAAGCCUAGUGUUUAGAGUGUUGGGCGGCAGGUAGCCUAGUGGUUAGAGUGUUGGGUGGCAGGUAGCCUAGUGUUUAGAGUGUUGGGCGGCAGGAAGCCUAGUGUUUAGAGUGUUGGGCGGCAGGAAGCCUAGUGUUUAGAGUGUUGGGCGGCAGGUAGCCUAGUGGUUAGAGUGUUGGGUGGCAGGUAGCCUAGUGGUUAGAGUGUUGGGCGGCAGGUAGCCUAGUGUUUAGAGUGUUGGGCGGCAGGUAGCCUAGUGGUUAGAGUGUUGGGCGGCAGGUAGCCUAGUGGUUAGAGUGUUGGGUGGCAGGAAGCCUAGUGUUUAGAGUGUUGGGCGGCAGGUAGCCUAGUGGUUAGAGUGUUGGGUGGCAGGUAGCCUAGUGGUUAGAGUGUUGGGCUAGUAACCGAAAGGUUGCUGGAUUGAAUCCCCAAACUGUCAAGGUAAAAAUCUGUCAUUUUGCCCCUGAACAAGGCGGUUAACCCACUGUUUUCCAGUGGGCUGUCAUUGUAAAUAAGAUUUUGUUCUUAACUGACUUGCCUAGUUAAAUAAAGGUACAUGUUUAUUAUAAUUUUUUUAAAUGGCUUUUAAUGGAAAUAUUUGCAUAUCAUGAAUAUCUCAACUAUCAUCACAGCUUGUCUUGGGUUUUUUACAGAUGUAUGUUAAGCCAGAGUAAUAUUGUACAUUUUGAGUCACUGAAUGUACUGUAAUUUCAGCAAAAAUAAAAACGAGUGAGUAUAAAAUA